AAAAAGGAAUAUUGUAUAACUCAUGUCAUCAUCUGUUAAAUCCUGCCCUCUUUAGGCAUAAACAAAGUCCUCACACAUCAUCAAAAUAACAAAACAACAAUGGCUCUCCGGUUAAUCGGAAGGCUGGCAAGAAAACCGACAACAUCCAUUUCCUCUUGUUGUCGUCCUAUGACCCUUUUUCAACAUCAUCAUCAACAACAACAAUCCAGACAUUUCAUUUCAGAUAUGCGGAAAUCGGCUUUCGAAGAUCGUAUUCGUAGACUUAUUCGCAACGAUAUCCAAUACGAACUCGACCGAUCCCCUCUUACCCAGCUUAUUCCCAAGUUCAAAUCUUUUGUGAUUGAUGAGCGGCCUGGUGAGCAGUGGAUCAGACUGAACAAGAAAUUCGGAAACAAUGAAGAGAUAAAAGUAGAGGUAACCAUGUUCCGAGUUUUUGAUCCUCCUGCAAAACAUGGAAGUGUGACCACGGAUAACGAUCUGGAGCUUUACAUUUCAAUGGUGGUUGACAUCUUUAAAGAUGAUGAUAAUGGUAUUUUGGAAUUUGUUUGCAAUGUAUGGCCUGACAGCAUAGAAAUAGAGAAAGUGUUCAUGCGUGACCAAGAUGGAAUGGCUGGUAAACCGUACUUGGGUCCUCCGUUUGGUGAUUUGGAUGAUGAGGUACAGACUUCACUGUAUGAUUUCCUAGAGAACAGGGGUAUAAAUGAUGAUCUAGCCCUCUUUUUGCAUAAAUGCAUGCAACACAAAAGUAAGAACGAAUAUAUUCGUUGGAUGGGAAGCGUUGAAGCUUUUGUAGCACGGAAAAAGUAAGCCGAACACACAUAGCUUUUGGCUGCUACUAUAAGUUACUUCCCUUAAAGAGGUAUUCGUUUAAUAUAUCUGUUAGUGUCUAAUUAUCAUUCUGAAAUUUGGGGUUGCUAAUAGAAAGUCUGGAUGAUGAUUAUCCUAUUUUAGUUCUUGAACACAUAGCUUUUGGCUGCUACUAUAAGUUACUUCCCUUAAAGAGGUAUUCGUUUAAUAUA